AUGACCUCUGGACCUAGAACUCGGAGUAGAAGUUGUCAGAGGCCACCUCAAUCAUUGGAAUCUGUUUACAGCCUUGCGGAAAACGCAGUUACAUUCUUUCAGAAAGCUUUUGAUGAAAUUGAAGAGCAGUUUCGCAGUCUAAAAUUUGUCAAGCCAGAGUCCCUGAAAAGAGUUUGGACCAAAGUUGCUGUCUCAAGAAGGGGAACAAAUCUAGCUACCCUUACGGAAAGCCAGUGCAAAAACCUAGCAGAUGAAAUCGGUGGCGAGUCAGGUGGUGCCAGCUACGUCGAUAAAGUCAAAAAGCUCCAGGAGCUCGCGAUACUGUCACGAGACGUGAGCUCUCUUUUCAGCCGACUAGACAAAAAACUGGCAGUAGUGCUAACUGAGGGACUCUGUGUUUACUGUGUUAGCCUCAUUGAGCUCACACAGGAAGCAAAUAAGGAUGUGCAAGAAUACGAAGAUUUUAUCGACGAUCAGAACAAAGAAUUUGUCCGGCGGGUGACAGAGCUAAAACAAGGUCAGCAAAGAUGGACUAACUACACCCGAGACAUGAGCUCAACGGUAAGAAAUUUCGAGAAACUAGAAGGCAUCUUUCUGGAGGCUCGCACAGCCUGGGAUGUCAUCACCUCCUGCAUUGACGAACGCAUUGGCAGAGAUAAGUCCUAUCCAGGAAAACUGAGCCACCUAAUACACCAGGCUAAGGAAGAGAUUGAGGAUCUGAAACAAGAGUACCUCCUGAUUGGCGAGAAUGAGCAACACGCAGCCUCCCAGCAACGACAGAGACUGCUGCAGUUGGAGAAGUGCAAACGUCAUCGGGCGCAACUGCGAACUAGUCUUGCACAAACCAAAAAGGCGCAUAAAUUCUGUUCUGACCGACUGAUAGCCCUCGAAAGAGACCUCAGUGGGGGCUUAGACGUCAAGCAGGCUGAAGACAAGGAAGACUCGAGUAGGAGUGACGAAAACGAGUGCGAGGAAGAAGAUGGGCAUACUGAAUCACAGGUGACCUCAGAGCAAAAUGAAAGUGACACCUCUAACUCUGGAAUCCGGCAGACAGAAACGGCAGUAGAGGAACGAAAUGCAACCACAAAGGCAAAAAAGAAAGUUGAUGAAAAACAACCAAAAGGGAAAGCAAAGACCAAGUCAGCGGAGGUCCGGAAGGAAGAGGCAAAUAGGGGAGACGAGGAAACACAGAAUGUGGACCUCAAAGAUGCAGACAUUCCUUCAAGGAAGGGGGAGACGUGGGAGAGGAACGACCCUCCGCAGACGAGCGCAGAAGGGAAACACUCAAACUACCGUCAAAGCGACGAAGAAUUUCCGAACGAGGUUGUCACCAGGGGAGAGGGAGGCAUGGAGAAGAGAGAGAAUCGACAGGUCAGCCGAGGCCGGCAGAGACGGAGUUCAGAAAAGGAGAGUGAGAUUAUUCAGUCGACUGGCAGACCACCCAUGGGCAAACGUAACCAAAAACGCGGCGCACAGCAGAAGGCAGGCGGCAGCAGCGGCAGUGAAAGUCAGCCGCAGAGAUCUAUUGAGAAGCAGAAAAAACAACAGGUCGAGUGCUACAGGCGGCGUACAGAAAACAUGCAGAAGGAGCAAGACCAACUACGUGAGGCAUUGGCUAAAGUGGAGAGACGUAUAUCAGAGUUGCAGAAAGAGGUAGAGGACGCGCAUUACGAGGGCAACUUCAACGAUGGGCGAAGGGCUGAGAUUCAGGCAGAGAUCAGUCGAUUGGAAAUGCAAAUAAUCGAUUGUCGAUCAAUACUGCAUCGUCGAGGCCGUGGACAGACGCUCAUGGAACUGCAGAAAACCGGAAGAGCCAAAGUGAAUCAAAAAAGUGAGUAG